AUGGCGUCGCCGCGGCGCGAGUUGGGAUGGCUCCUGCUGCUGGCUGCCAUCUGGUGGCAGAGGACCGACCUUGUCGCCUUUGUGGUGCCGUCGCGGGUUUCCCUGCACCGGACAAGCGGUGAAUCGGCAUUGGUUGCACGUGCUGCCUCCGAUGAGGAUGAGGCCGUCAGGCGUCCGAGCAAGCCCAGUCUGGAUUAUCCACCACCACCUCCGGCAGCGUCCGUUGCUUGGCCCCGAUAUUUGUCAUGGCUGGGGUCGACUGUGGGCGCCCUGUAUGGGCUCCGCCGAAAGCUUUUCGGAGGGGCGCAGGCCGUGGCCCUGGACCCAGCACUGCCCGUCAGAGUGCGUAUGCAGCUUAUCAACUCGCGCCGUGACUUGCGCUCCAAGGCACAGCUGGCCCCACGCAGCUUCCGACAGAUGCUGCGCAACUCUGCCGAUACCCUCGAGGAGGUGCCAGCCCUUCUCGUCACGGUCGCCGUGCUGGCGGGGGAUGCCCUGAAAAAGAAGGGCCAGGGCUUGUCCGAGUACCGCUCGCUGGGUGAAGCUCAAGCACUCUUGUUCACAGCUGGCAAGCUACACCUCGGAAUGCAGCACGGCAGUAGCGGCAAGAUGCGUCUCCUGGGCGGUGACUUCCUCUACGCUGAGGGGCAGUGGAUGCUCGCCGAUCUCGGAUCGCUGCCGGCAAUCCGACUCACCUCGCGGAUGAUUCAGGAUGUCAGUGACGGUGCCUCGAAGGGGGGCGCAGCCCCAGCCGAGUUGCCGAGCUUCGCGGUGGGCGAUGUAGGGGCGCGGGCUGCGCUCCAUGCAGCGUACCUCCGUGUGGGCAGCUAUUUUUCGGCGGUGGCCUCCGGCGCCGCUUGGCUCAGCGGCGCGCCGCGGUCGGUCGUAAAGGCCCUCCGAAAGUACGGGACCAACCUUGGCAUUGCGCUUCAAUUGGCGCAGUUCCGGGACGAUGCGCCGUCGCAGGAUGCCGCGCUCUGGCUAUCCCGAUUUGCAGGGGAGGUGCUCCGUGGCCCAGAGGUGCAGCACCUCCAAGGCUCUGCAGCUUUGCGUGGCAUGCGGCGCCUGGCGCACCGAGUGGAAAGGGGCUCUGGGCAAGCGCUGGAGGAGCUUUUGAAGAAGUCGCAAGACGCCCCAAAGAUGCGCGGACUUACCUUCGCAGAUGUGGAGGAGAUGGAGACCAUGCUGGAGGAGCUUUAUGUUCGACCCGACGAGUCUUCAGACGACGGUCCCAAGCGCCUCCAGGGCAUGGGUUUCCGAAGAGAUCAGGUGAGCGAUCGAGGGCUUGAGGAGCUCAUUGCAAAAGGUCUUAGUGACGAACCGCUGCCCACAGCCCAGGAGCCGCCACCGACGUGGCCCUCCAAGGAAGAGGGCGGACCGAAGGCAGCACUUCAGGCUUCUUUCCGCUGCAUCGGCAAGGAGCUCGGGACCGUGAACGCCAAGUUGGAUGGUGUUUCCUUGGCUGAGCCUGCUGCUAGCGAGUUGGUGCGCGAGGAGGUUCUGCGCUUGUUCGCAUCAGGUGGCAAGCGAUUGCGACCUGCUCUCACUUUGCUCACGGCCGCGGCGACGGGAGCUUCGGAGGCAGCCAUGGCCAAUGUUGCUGCCCUGGCGGCUGCAGUGGAGGUGUUGCAUUCCGCCUCCCUGGUGCAUGACGACAUCCUUGACGACGCCGACAAGCGCCGCGGGGAGGAGACGGCCCACUUGCGCCUGGGUGAGCGAAGCGCCACCUUGGUGGGUGACUUCCUGUUUGCCACGGCCUCUGUGCUUGUAGCGGAGAUUGGCAGCCUUCCAACCGUGCUGCUGAUUUCGAAGGUCGUCGCCGAUUUCGGCCGAGGGGAGUUGGCCCAAUCCGCCGUGCGCUUCGAGGCCGUGGACUACUCCCUGGAGGACUACUUGGCCAAGAGCUUCUACAAGACCGCAUCGCUCCUGGCCGCGGCAUGCCACGCAGCAGCGGUGCUGAGCAAGCAGGAGAGGGACCCAGAUGCCUUCGAAAGUCAGUGCUGCUACCGCUUUGGGGCUUACGUCGGCCUAGCCUUUCAGGUAGUCGAUGACAUCUUGGAUUUCGUCUCCACCGAGGAGGAGUUGGGCAAGCCGGCCCUCGCAGAUUUGAAGGAGGGCAACCUCGGAGCUCCGGUGCUCUUCGCGGCCCAGCCCGGGGCCUUGGAGCCGGCUGCCCGGGCGGAGCUCCUCGAGGCCAUUGACCGGCGACUAAGUCGCGAGGGCGAUUUGGACCUCGUCCGCCGCUACGUGGCAGAGGGGAAGGGUGUCGAGAAGUCAAAGGCGCUGGCAAGGCGUUUCGUCGAUUUGGCAUCGCUUGAGUUGGAUGCGCUAGAGCCUGGUGAGGCACGGGAAGGACUGAGGCUCUUUGCCGAAUUCGUGGUCGUUCGCUCCUACUGA